CCGCCGCCGCUGCACGCAGGGCCGAGGCUGCAUGCCGGAGGACCAGGCCCACGCAGCCAUGGAGGAAGCAUCUCCCUAUUCUUUACUUGACAUCUGCUUGAGCUUCCUGACCACCAACCUUGAAAAGUUCUGUUCGGCAAGGCAAGAUGGAACCCUGUGUCUGCAAGAGCCUGGAGUGUUUCCUCAGGAGGUGGCUGACCGGCUUCUCCAGACCAUGGCAGUUCACGGUCUGCUGAAUGAUGGAACCGUGGGGAUUUUCAGAGGUAACCAGAUGCGGCUAAAGCGAGCUUGCAUUCGCAAAGCAAAGAUUUCUGCUGUUGCUUUCCGGAAAGCCUUCUGCCACCACAAACUAGUAGAGCUUGAUGCCACGGGUGUGAAUGCUGACAUCACUAUCACAGACAUCAUAAGUGGCCUUGGCAGUAACAAGUGGAUCCAGCAGAAUCUUCAAUGCUUAGUAUUAAACUCAUUAACUUUGUCCCUUGAGGACCCUUAUGAGCGGUGUUUCAGCCGGCUUUCAGGUCUUCGAGCUCUGAGCAUCACUAAUGUUCUCUUUUACAAUGAAGAUCUGGCUGAAGUUGCUUCACUACCUAGACUGGAGAGCCUGGACAUUUCUAACACUUCAAUCACAGACAUCACUGCCCUGCUGGCCUGCAAAGACCGGCUCAAGUCUCUCACCAUGCAUCAUCUGAAGUGUUUAAAAAUGACCACUACCCAGAUCCUGGACGUGGUUUGGGAGCUAAAACAUCUAAAUCACCUUGACAUCUCAGAUGAUAAACAGUUUACGUCAGACAUAGCCCUCCGGUUAUUAGAGCAGAAGGACAUCUUGCCUAACCUUGUCUCCCUGGAUGUUUCAGGGAGAAAGCACGUGACAGACAAAGCUGUGGAAGCCUUUAUACAGCAGCGGCCCAGCAUGCAGUUUGUAGGUCUGCUGGCCACAGAUGCUGGUUACUCUGAAUUCCUCACGGGCAAAGGACACUUGAAGGUGUCUGGAGAAGCCAAUGAAACUCAGAUUGCAGAAGCACUAAGGCGGUACAGUGAGAGGGCGUUUUUUGUCCGAGAGGCUUUAUUUCAUCUUUUUAGCUUGACUCAUGUGAUGGAAAAAACAAAGCCAGAAAUUUUAAAGCUUGUGGUUACUGGGAUGAGAAACCAUCCUAUGAAUUUGCCUGUGCAACUGGCUGCCAGUGCCUGUGUGUUUAACCUAACCAAACAGGACCUUGCUCUAGGCAUGCCUGUCCGGCUCCUGGCUGAUGUGACCCAUUUGCUGCUCAAGGCCAUGGAACAUUUUCCUAACCACCAGCAGUUACAGAAGAAUUGCCUCCUCUCACUUUGCAGUGACCGGAUUCUUCAAGAUGUUCCAUUUAACAGGUUUGAGGCAGCCAAGCUUGUAAUGCAGUGGCUUUGCAACCACGAAGAUCAGAACAUGCAAAGAAUGGCAGUUGCUAUCAUCUCCAUCCUGGCCGCCAAGCUUUCUACAGAACAAACUGCACAGCUUGGUGCUGAGCUCUUCAUUGUAAGGCAACUUCUUCAAAUAGUGAAGCAGAAAACUAACCAAAAUUCAGUGGACACUACAUUGAAAUUUACUUUGAGUGCACUUUGGAACCUCACAGAUGAAUCCCCAACAACAUGCAGACACUUCAUUGAAAAUCAAGGGUUGGAACUCUUCAUGAGAGUUCUAGAGUCUUUCCCAACUGAGUCAUCCAUUCAACAAAAAGUUCUAGGACUUUUGAACAACAUAGCUGAAGUGCAAGAGCUGCACUCUGAGUUAAUGUGGAAGGACUUUAUAGACCACAUCAGCAGUCUUCUGCACAGCGUGGAAGUGGAAGUCAGCUACUUUGCAGCUGGAAUUAUCGCCCACUUAAUAUCCAGAGGCGAACAAGCGUGGACCUUGAGCCGAAGCCAGAGGAAUUCUCUUCUUGAUGAUUUGCAUUCAGCUAUUUUGAAAUGGCCAACUCCAGAGUGUGAAAUGGUAGCAUACAGGUCCUUUAAUCCAUUUUUUCCACUUCUUGGCUGUUUUACGACACCGGGAGUCCAGCUGUGGGCAGUUUGGGCCAUGCAACAUGUCUGCAGCAAGAAUCCUUCACGGUACUGCAGCAUGCUGAUUGAAGAAGGCGGACUGCAGCACUUGUACAACAUUAAAGAGCAUGAGCAGACAGAUCCCUAUGUCCAGCAGAUCGCGGCAGCCAUUCUGGACAGCUUAGAGAAGCACGUUGUGCGCCAUGGGAGGCCGCCUCCCUGUGCAAAGCAGCCGCAGCCCCGGCUGCACUGAUCGCCAGAGAGCGCUGGACAGCCAACAAUGGGAAUCGGUUUUGUGGUUGGUUUGUUUGGAAUUCCGUGCUCUCUGGUGUUUGGGGGUGGGGUGGGGUCUGUGGUAAGAAGCCUGUGAUCCGUCUGGGAUUGGUAAUGUACAGUACUGCCCAUGUGACCAGUCUGAUUCGUCUUGUGACUUUUAACUUAUGAGGCAAGAAAGGUCUUCCUUCAUUGUUGUCUCUUAGGAGAUCUUUCAGUGUUUGACCCUCACCUGUGCUUGAGAUUCUACAGUUUCAUGAUAAUUGCACGAACUCUUAGGCAGACUUUCCUUGCCGGAGAGCAGGGCUACUACCUUGCCUACAGCUCUGCCUCAGCUGUAAGUUUAUAUUGCUUCUGUAGAAAUGCCUCCAUUCUCUGUAUCUUUCACAAGAUUGUCUCUGGCAGCUCCUUGCUGUUGGGAGCCUGGAUGGCAGUCAAUGGAAUAGAAAAGAAAGAUAAACUAUGAAAGAAGAACAGAGUUGAAAAGGAAUUAAAGUGCUUCUGUGAUAGAGCUCUGAAAAUGGAACAGGUGCUCCUGGUGUCCUGUACUAAGACUGGUGUCGAAGCUGCUCUUCAUGCUGAAGGCUGAAGCACGGGCCAUUCCUGCAGGUUACUCUGGAAAUACUCCCCCAGUUACCACAGUAUUCUGCGCCAAAGCCUCUCGGAGACACUACCUGUCAUGUUGUAAAAGAGUGCAGUUUUUACAAUGUCAUUGUUCAAAACCAGCUCUUUUUAUCCCUUCUUGCCCAGUCAUUCUUCUUCAGUGGAAUAGAGACUAUCCAUAGAGUUAAUUUGUUUAAAUACAAUCGACAACAAAAAAGUUUAUUUUAUUUAUUUAUUUAUUUUUUUUAGUUUUUCAAGAUAGGGUUUCUCUGUGUAGCCUUGGUUGUUCUAGACUCACUUUGUAGACCAGGCUGGCCUUAAACUCACAGAGAACUGCCUGCCUCUGCCUCCAGAGUGCCAGGAUUAAAGGCGUGCGCCACCACACCCAGCCAGACAACAAAAGUUUGUUGCAAAAAUAUAACCUUGAGUUAGGGUAUGGCUCAGUGGUAAAGUGUAUUCUGAGUAUGUAUGAAUUCAAUACCCAGCAGCAUACACACAUCAAAAAAAGGUUAAACUGUUCAAAUACGUGUAUCUGUCAGGAAGAAGCAACUCAUGCUUGUA